UUUCUGGAUUACACUGCUAACGGCCACUGCAAUGCGAUCUACUUUUACAUAACAAGUUUGAUAAGUUCGCUGGCACAAUCGGUGUUCGAUCUCUAUGUGCAAUCUGGUGGUGAAAGAAGUGUCUCAACGAUGCUCUAUAUUUUGGCCUUACAAGAGCUAACUGCGGUGCCAUUUUUUUGUGUGGAUGAAAUAAACCAAGGCAUGGACUCAACAAAUGAGAGGCUUGUCUUCAAUAUGAUUAUCGAUAUGCUGUCCAGUGAUACGGGUUUAGCAAAGACUCAAUAUUUCCUACUUACACCAAAAUUAUUGCCAGAUCUCACAUAUAGUCGAAAAGUGAAAAUUCACUGCAUCUAUAGUGGUAAAUCAAUUGCUGAACGUGAUGUAAGUAUUUGCUGUUUUGAAAAACCGUUAAUUUUCGCUUGA